AUGUCACAACUUUUACGUAAUAGAUGUACAGGUAUAGAAAAUUCAUUAAUUCGAAAUUGUGAAGUUGGUAGAAAGUUUGGUGGCACGUUCCGUUUGAGGCAAGCCUGUGCGAAAUUGUUCGUCAAUUCCACUUCAAUACAGAAUUAUAAGGUAAUAAAUAUUACCAAGAGCGAACUUGACGCCGGUCCAAGCAGUGCGGACGUAGUGGAAGAGCCGGCGGUAGAGCGGGCGGGGUCUCCGCCGGCGGGCGGGCGCCUCAGGGUCGGGCGCGGGCGGCGCCUCCGCAUCGCCCGCACCCGCACGGCCGUCCACCGACGACGCCGUGUUGGGGACCCAGCUUUACUACCGCUGGUC